AUGGGAUUUUUAUUUUCGAAAUUAUGGACUUUAUUUGGAAAUGAAGAACAUAAAAUAAUAAUCGUUGGUCUCGAUAAUGCUGGUAAAACAACAAUCUUAUAUCAAUUUUUAAUGAAUGAAGUUGUUCAUACAUCGCCCACAAUUGGUUCGAAUGUUGAAGAAGUCGUUUUUAAAAAUAUACAUUUUUUAAUGAUGGACAUUGGUGGACAAGAAUCGUUACGGUCAUCUUGGCAAACAUAUUUUUCUCAUACUGGAUAUGUCAUAUUAGUUGUCGAUAGUACAGAUCGUGAACGUUUACCAUUGACAAAACAAGAACUAUUUCGUAUGUUACAAAGUGAAGAAUUACGUACAGCAGCUGUUUUGAUAUUUGCCAACAAACAAGAUAUUAAAGAUGCAAUGACAUCAGCUGAAAUAUCAAAACAAUUAUGUUUAACAUCGAUUAAAGAUCAAGCAUGGCAUAUACAAGCAUGUUGUGCUUUGACAGGAGAGGGUCUAUAUCAAGGCUUAGAUUGGAUUGCUUCUAGAGUUAAACGAUGA